UGUUGAAUUACCGAUUACGAUUAGGGGAUAUGGAAAUUAGGUAGUAUGUAUUGUAGAAGAAGCUUCCAUUUCACUGUAACAAAGAGAUUAAUUUUUAUUAAGUUUCAAAAUUCAGUUUUCUAGUUAAAUUUUUCCAAUUUAAUCGUUUUCGAAUGGUGUUUGUAUUCGUUAGUAGUUAUGAAAAUAAUUUAUCAUACAUGAACCGCGAAUCGUAACGAAGUGUAUAACUUUAACGGAGCUGCAAAGCCUUCAAGAUAUUUUUCCAAAUAGAACUUUCAAGCAACAUGGUCUCGACCCGUCUGCAAAGCAACAGUGGCGGUUCCAACGGCGGAGACGGUUCUUUUCCAUCGUAUUCGGAUAUAAUUGCAUCCAAGGGAUGCGCCGGUGGUAAAGAUGCAAAAUCACUCGUACCAGUGGUGUCGACGAGGUUACAAAAUACCAUUUCGAGCGGAGAUUUGCUGCCAUCGAGUGUCGACGUAGCCUCGGGCAAAUUAUCGACUGUGGGUUGUGUUACGAGAUCAAAUACGGUAGUUCAUAACCAAGUCGCUUGUCAUUCCAAAGAUAAUCCAUCGAAAUCCAGUCUGAAUUUAUUAGACUUGCCGACGGAAAUACUUCAAAAAAUAGUAGCUUAUACUGGAUUCAAAACCGUGGCAAAUUUAAGAAUUGUUAAUAAGCGAAUGGACCAAAUAUGCGGGUCAUUGUUGAAUUUGACUUUUAACAAAUUACAAAAUUCCAUGUUGACUAGAUUUCAAAGUAUUAAAGCACAAAUGCCACGACGUGAAUCUGCCCGUAGACAGCAUCCUUUGGCCUGCGAGUUCGAUAUUGUAGAAACAAUCUACAUGCGUUUAAAUUUACUGCACUGCACUUUUGGCAAACAUAUAGAAAAAAAGCUCAUGUAUUUCUUUCCUGGUGAAGUUUUAGAUGAAGUUCAUCGAAUUUUAUUCUAUAUAAAAGUAACUCCCAAGUUACCUAGGCCUUAUAGAGUAACGGACGAGUUAUUUGAUUUGACAACUAUGGCUAUGGAGUAUUUUAAAGAGAAAUUAGAACCGAAUUUACCAGAGGUCACGUAUUGCGUUAACGAUUUAACUAAUUAUUCUCCUAGAGGUACCGUAGGAGCGAGUAGUUCUUGCUCGACUAGAUUCGAUGACAGUUCGUUAGCGAUGGAAUUCGCAAUUACGGAAGAAGAAGCGACUGCUUCACGUUCGCAGUCGCAAAUGGUUUUGCGAAAACGCAUUCGCAAAAUAAAACAAGGAAUGAAACUGUAUAACUCGCAGUUGACUACGAUGAAGCGAGAACUGAAAAGUUAUAAAACGAAAAUGGCAGACCAACAAAAAACCAUCCUUGCGUAUGCCACUCGUUUGGAUGAAAACGAUAAAAAGAACGAAGAAAUGUCCAGGAAGUAUAGUACAUUAUUGCAGGAAUUAAAUAAAUGUAAAACGGAGUUGCAAUAUUGGCGUUCGAAAUCUCCAUUGAAUCCGAUUUGCGGAGCUUGCGGUACUCCUGUUGCUACUCUUCCGAUCGAAGACAUGGAAGCAUUAUCAAAUCAGGGAGUCAUCAUACCAAUGGUAGUCGUUCAGCCUAUCGACGUGGUAGCCGCUGCUGCUGCAUCCGUUGAAGAAGUCGCGGAAAAAAAUGAGCUCGUCGAAAUAGGCGCUAAAGAAGCGCAAUCCGAAGUGCCGUCGACCAAAUCAGACGAACCGUCGAGCAGUUCUAAAAGUGCCGAAGAGAUGCAAACAAAUAGCGAAGAACAGGCAAAUAGUGAGAGCGAAAGUGCUCUCAAAGGACGAUCAUCGAAACCUACUAAAAGGAAAUCGGUUUCGGAUACGUCUCAAACCUUCAAACGGCCAAGAGGCGUUUUAAAAUUACGCAAUAAAACCAUCAGAAUAAUGAAAUGAUUUCUGGCGAAAAUAAUGAGAAAAAAAACAUCGACUUUUGGUUUUUGUCGUUUUUUUUUUUUAAAUAAUUUUUUUAUGUGAAUUUUAAAUUAGUAAUUUUUUUUAUACUGAUGAAAUGGACGUUUCUGAAAAAUUGAUUUUUUAUAAUAUUACAAUACACACUGUACAAAUAUAACCAUAUCUUUUUUUCUCCUUAAAAUACAUAAUAUAAUUUUUAUUGUUAGGAUAUAUCAUCUAUUAUUUGAAAAAAAAAACUGAUAAUUUCUUUACUUUAUAAUUUUAUUUAUUAAAUUAUUUAUAGGUAAUUUAUUUUAUGAACCCAGGCGAUGUGCUUUUAUAAAAGUGUUUUCAGGGGAAAAUUAAUUUAGAUAGGCGGAUAUUUUCUUAUUCAGUUAUAAAAUCUGACAUUUUCCAAUGUAUUUUCACAAUUUUUCUUUAAUUUUCCUGAGUUACAUUCAUGUUUUCACAAUGUUGAUAUUUAUAGUCUUAGCAUUUUUCCAGUGCAAUAUGUUUUCUUUUGUUUCGUAACACGAAAAAUGUUCUCUUCACCUCGAAACUGAAAGCCGCCAAGAAAUUGAGUUUCUUAGCAAACCAAAUGAUGUUUAAAAACUUAUCUUUUUUUUAAAAUCGAGAGUUUUUUUUAAAGUUUUAAUUAUCAUUUGAAUGUACAAACAAUAGUUAUGUUAUCUAUAUCGAAAGAUUUUUAACUGAAUAAACUUUUUAUUACA